UUGAAGGCAUGGUCAAUUUCUUCUCUCUCGGCGCCGAGACGCUGAGCGGCAUGGAUCCCGUGAAUGCCUCGGGCUCUUCUGAGCACGCAGAUUUCCGCACGGCUGUCCGCCAAGUCUGGCACAAGACACACGAAGAUCUGCAAGCGCUUUCCCCGUCCACCGCGCCGUUUCGUAGCGUGGUGCUGGAGUGGUGGGUGGAGUGUGGCGAGAAGUGCGGCGUCAACAUCGAGGCAUCCUACGAGCCGACUAUGGGCCCUUCUUCUGGUACGCGGAGGUGGAGGAAGGACAACGGUUGUGCCUGGAGAGAAUGCCUUUGCUUCGGCGAGCGUCCGUACCAUAAACUGCGAGUAUGUAAGAGGUGCAAGAAGGUGAUGUACUGCUCAAUCAAGUGCCAGACCAGGUAAGUUACUACGAA